AUGACAACUUUUGAUUUUUCCGACGUGGAGGCAUUUUUGGAUUGCCAUCCCGAGCUUUUUGAGGAAUAUCUCAUCAGAAAGGGGAAAUGUGACACAUUGGGCAGGUGGUUCAAAGAGCACCAGCCGUCCAAAAGCUCUCCGGCGGAAGAGAAGCGCAGAGUCACCAAGGAUCCGUUCUGGCCCACGAACCCCGACGGACUGACGCGCAGAUCGUCCCACAUGGAGCUUCGCAGAAACUUCGCGCGGUCCAAAGCGAUUACGGCGCAUCGGACCUACGACGAACACGUCAGUCUCGCGGCUCACGAUUCCCAGUCGAGCAUGCGACGGCGCGCGCUGCUGCGUAAAGCCAGCUCGUUGCCGCCGACCACCGCGCACAUCCUCGGCGCCCUGCUCGAGUCCAGGGUAAACGUGCCUCAAUAUGCCUCCAGCGCCAUCGACUACAAAUACCGACUCAAAGAGUCCAACGAGAGGGAGUUCUUCCUCGAGCUGGUUAAGGACAUUUCUAACGAACUUGACAUGACAAACCUCAGUUACAAGAUUCUGAUCAAUGUGUGCAUCAUGGUGAACGCAGACAGGUGUUCGCUGUUUCUCGUGGAGGGACCGUCACAUAAGAGGACGCUCGUGUCCAAGUUUUUUGACGUGCACUCGGGAACUACGGUGCGACCCUCAUCGAUCACCCUGAACUCAAACGAGGUGCAGGUUCCGUGGGGGAAGGGCAUCAUUGGCUAUGUAGCCGAACACGGAGAAACCGUCAACAUCCCGAAUGCCUACGAGGACCAUCGAUUCAGUGAUGAAAUUGACAAGUUGACGGGCUAUAAGACUCAGUCAAUUCUAUGCAUGGCCAUCCGCAACAGUGACGGUGAAGUCAUCGGUGUAGUGCAGGCUAUCAACAAGAACCCCAGCGGAACUCCCUUUACUGAGGAUGAUGAGAAGGUGCUACAAAUGUAUCUACCAUUCUGCGGAAUAUCAAUCUCCAACGCCAAGCUCUUCUCUGAGUCCCGCAAGGAGUAUGAUAGGAGCAGGGCCCUGCUAGAGGUGGUGAACGAUCUGUUUGAGGAGCAGACGGACCUGGAGAAGAUUGUAAGGAAGAUCAUGCAGCGCGCGCUGACAUUGCUCCAGUGUGAGCGCUGCUCUGUGCUUUUGCUGGAAGACAUCCACUCUCCUGUGGUGAAGUUCUCACAAACAUUUGAGCUGAUGUCUCCACUGUGCAAUGCUGACCAUGACAUUGGCAUGGAGAAGGUGUCAUGCUCAGACUGGCUGAUCAAUAAUAGCAUUGCUGAGUUGGUAGCAUCUACUGGGCUUCCUGUUAACAUCAGUGACGUCUGUCAGGAUCCCCGCUUUGAUAAUGAAGCAGACCAAGCUUCUGGUUUUCAUAUCAGAUCAGUUUUAUGUGUCCCCAUCUGGAAUCGGACACAUCAGAUUAUUGGUGUUGCCCAGAUACUAAAUCGUUUGGACAGGAAGACAUUUAAUGAUGCAGAUCAGAGGCUAUUUGAGGCAUUUGUUAUUUUCUGUGGUCUGGGCAUUAACAACACAAUGAUGUAUAACCAGGUGAAGAAAACUUGGGCCAAGCAGUCUGUGGCUCUAGAUAUGCUGUCCUAUCAUGCUACAUGCUCCAAGGCAGAAGUUGAUCGGCUGAAGGCUGCUAAGAUUCCCCUAAGCAGUGAGCUCGGGAUCGAUGAGUUCCACUUUAAUGACUUUUCUCUGGACAAUGACGCCAUGAUCACUGCCUCCCUGCGGAUGUUUUUGGAGCUUGGUGUCGUGCAGAAAUUCAAAAUUGAUUAUGAGGUGUUAUGCCGCUGGCUGCUUACUGUGAGGAAAAACUACCGCACUGUUGCCUACCACAACUGGAGGCAUGCCUUCAACGUCUCACAGUGCAUGUUUGUUAUGAUUACUACUGCUGGUUUCCAGGAGGUGCUGACAGAUACAGAGACUCUGGCUCUUAUGGUUGGGUGCCUCUGCCAUGAUUUGGACCAUCGUGGCACAAAUAAUGCAUUUCAGGCCAAGUCUGGGUCGGCACUAGCGUUGCUGUAUGGUACAUCCGCUACACUUGAACAUCAUCAUUUCAACCAUGCUGUCAUGAUCCUGCAGAGUGAGGGUCACAACAUUUUUGCCAAUCUGUGCUCUAAGGAGUACAGCAACAUGAUGCAGCUAUUGAAACAGGCCAUUCUAUCCACAGAUCUCACCUUGUACUUCAAGAGAAGAACCAAGUUCUUUGAGUAUGUUCUCUCUGGACAGUUCAUCUGGAGUAAUGAAGAACAAAGAGACAUGUUUAGAUCUAUGCUGAUGACUGCGUGUGACUUGGGUGCAGUGACUCGACCAUGGGAAAUUUCAAAACAGGUUGCUCAACUGGUGACAAGUGAAUUCUUUGAACAGGGUGACAGGGAGAGAUCAGAGCUGAAAUUGACACCAGCAGCCAUUUUUGACCGUAAUCGUAAAGAUGAGCUUCCUGUACUUCAGUUGGAAUGGAUUGAUGGGAUUUGUAAGCCGUUGUAUGAGGCUCUUGUGAAAUUGAAUAGGAAGCUUCACCCAAUGGUAGAUGGAAUAGAUGCCAACCGAAAAAAGUGGGAUGAGCUCUGUCUGUCCUAUCAGCAAACACGGAGGGCCUCUGAGUGUAAUUUCAUUCUGGAGACAGGAGAGGGUGCAGACAGCAUGCACAUGCCAGAAUCAAGUCAUAGUGAAGUAACCAAUCAGAACACAGACUCCACCCACAGUGUGGAGCCAAAUCAGAACCCAAUAGCCAAUUAA